UAUCCAGGCUCGAUCUCUCUGACUCUGAUAAACUGUGGUCGUAGACGGAAUGAUUAUCCUUUCCAUUUCAUCAAGAUUUUUUGUUUUAUCUAGAAAACUUGCUCACCGGCUCGUAAUAUCGAAAACGAUGGCUUCGUCCAGCUCAUUUCUAAUACAAGAGCCGAAGUUUUCUUUUUUGAAAGAGUUGGGAUUAGAAAAUAAAAAUCUCGGGGUUUACAACGGCAAAUGGAGUGGAAACGGAGAGGUGGUUCAGUCCAUGUGUCCAGCAAAUAAUCAGCCAAUUGCUGAAGUUGUUCAAGGAAAUAUAAAAGACUAUAACGAAACUGUACAAGCAACACAGAAAGCAUGGGAGGUUUGGGCAGAUCUGCCAGCACCACACCGUGGAGAAAUUGUAAGGCAAAUUGGUCAAGCGCUGAGGCAGAAAAAAACCCAGUUGGGGAAAUUAGUUUCUCUGGAGAUGGGUAAGAUUUUGCCUGAGGGAGAAGGAGAGGUUCAGGAAUACAUUGAUAUUUGUGACUAUGCUGUGGGCUUGUCGAGAAUGAUGGAAGGGAAAGUCUUUCCAUCAGAACGUCCUGGUCAUUCACUAAUUGAAAUGUGGAAUCCUCUUGGGGCUAUUGGGGUCAUCUCAGCUUUCAAUUUUCCUGUGGCAGUCUAUGGUUGGAACAAUGCUUUAGCACUAGCCUGUGGAAACACUGUUUUGUGGAAAGGAGCCCCUUCUACUCCAUUAACAAGUAUUGCUGUAAUUAAAAUUCUGUCUUCAGUGUUUGAGGCAAAUGGUCUUCCUGGUGCCGUUUGUUCUUUGGUUUGUGGUGGAAGUGAAAUUGGAGAUGCUAUUGCCAAUGAUACUAGAUUGCCUUUAGUAUCAUUUACUGGAAGCACUGCUACAGGACAGAAAGUAGCUCAGGCUGUCACCAAGAGAUUUGGUAAAAAAAUUCUGGAGCUUGGAGGUAAUAAUGCUAUAGUUGUGUGUGAAGAUGCUGAUGUUGACAUGGUGGUGAGAUCAGCUUUAUUUGCUUGUGUGGGAACAGCUGGCCAAAGAUGUACUACAACCAGAAGACUUAUCAUUCAUGAAAAGCUGUAUGAUGAAGUUUUAGAAAGACUGAAGAAAGCCUAUACUCAAGUUCAUAUGGGGGAUCCACUUGAACCUGGUACUUUAUAUGGACCCAUGCACAGUAAACAAGGAGCAGAGAUGUAUAUGAAAGCAGUGGAGGAUGCCCAGAAACAGGGAGGGAAGGUGGAAUAUGGAGGAAAGAUUGUUGACAGGCCUGGGAAUUUUGUAGAGCCCACAAUUAUCUCUGGAUUGACCCACGAUGCUGAAAUUGUGCACAGAGAGACAUUUGCUCCAAUAGUGUACGUCCUCAAAAUGAAGAACACUGAAGAAGGAUUUGCCUGGAAUAACGAAGUAAAACAAGGUUUAUCCAGUAGUAUAUUUACAAAAAACUUGGAAACUGUGUUCAAGUGGCUUGGACCUAAAGGUUCUGAUUGUGGCAUAGUGAAUGUCAACAUCCCAACAAGUGGAGCAGAGAUAGGUGGUGCUUUUGGUGGUGAAAAACAUACCGGAGGUGGACGAGAAUCGGGCAGUGAUGCUUGGAAACAGUACAUGAGGAGAUCAACUUGCACUAUAAAUUACAGCAAAGACUUGCCUCUAGCUCAAGGAAUUAAAUUUGAAUAAGAAUCUAGUUUUUAUACUUACUAUACAUAAAACUACAAACAAAGAAUAUUUUUAAACCUUUCAGUAAAGGAAUCUUAAGGAUAUCUCAACUGUGAAUUGCCAUAGCUAGUGCUUUAGGUGCCAAAAGCAUCAUACUACUGAAGUAAUUGUUAUCAUGGGUUUUAGCCAUGCUGUUAAAAAUGCAAAACAUCAAAAAUAUCAAGGUUUUAAAAUGACUGUUUUGUUCUACUUAAAUGUUAAUAACUUUGAAUGUUGACAUUUUUUAUACUGUUUGAUAUUACAAUACUAGUUUUAGUGCUUACAGAAGUGAUAUUUGCACUUCUGACUUAUGGUUUUGAGAUAAUUGGAAGAAAAUAAUAAAUUUUGAUAGCAAGCUGAACAAAA